CGUAACGUGAAAUCGCCCCCGCCCCGUAGCCCACCCCGCUAACAGAGGCAGCGGAGAGAGAAGGAGGGCGCUUCCUCGGACGGUACCCAGCAUGUCCUGGCUGCUCCAGCUCCCUAUGCUCUUACCAUGAGCAUCAACUCCUCCCUCGGAAAUGAGAAGGCCUUGAGGAACCAAACCUUGCUGGAAGAUGGGGCAGGCAGAAUUACAGAGUCCAUCGCUAUUGUUGUCAUAGCUAUCUUCAUCUGUUUAGGAAACCUGGUGAUUGUACUCACUCUCUACAAGAAGUCCUACCUCCUCACACUGAGCAACAAGUUUGUGUUCAGCCUGACUCUCUCAAACUUCCUUCUUUCCGUGCUGGUGCUUCCUUUCGUUGUCACCAGCUCCAUCCGAAGGGAAUGGAUCUUUGGCGUUGUUUGGUGCAACUUCUCUGCCCUGCUCUACAUGCUAAUCAGUUCUGCCAGCAUGCUCACUCUUGGGCUCAUUGCUAUAGAUCGAUACUAUGCUGUCUUGUACCCAAUGAUCUACCCAAUGAAGAUUACGGGUAACAGAGCUGUUGUUGCCCUUGUGUACGUGUGGCUACAUUCUCUCAUUGGAUGCCUGCCUCCCCUCUUUGGCUGGUCUUCCCUGGAAUUUGAUCAGUUCAAAUGGAUGUGUGUGGCUGCAUGGCAUAAGGAGGCUGGUUAUACUGCCUUUUGGCAGAUCUGGUGUGCUUUGUUGCCCUUCUUAGUCAUGAUGAUUUGCUAUGGAUUCAUUUUCCGUGUGGCCAGGAUUAAGGCACGGAAGAUUCAUUGCGGGAGUGUGGUCAUUACUGAGGAGGAUGCCCAAAGGAAUGGGAGAAAGAACUCUAGUACUUCAACUUCCUCCUCGGGCAGUCGAAGGAACGCUUUUCAAGGAGUGGUGUAUUCUGCCAACCAAUGCAAAGCUUUGAUAACUAUCUUGGUUGUGAUUGGUGCUUUUGUGAUCACUUGGGGGCCUUACAUGGUGGUAAUUACAUCUGAGGCACUUUGGGGGAAAAACAGCAUCUCCCCUGCUUUGGAAACAUUAGCCACGUGGCUGUCUUUCACUAGUGCUAUAUGUCAUCCUCUAAUUUAUGGACUCUGGAAUAAAACUGUUCGCAAAGAAUUGCUGGGAAUGUGCUUUGGAGACCGGUACUACAGAGAAUCGUUUGUUCAACGGCAGAGGACAUCCAGGUUAUUUAGUAUUUCUAAUAGGAUCACAGACUUGGGGCUUUCCCCACAUCUCACAGCCCUCAUGUCUGGUGAACGUCCUUUAGGACACAGCAGCAGCACUGGAGAUACAGGGUUCAGCUGCUCUCAGGAUUCAGGAACAGAUGUCAUGCUGCUUGAAGACUACAGCUCAGAUGGAGUUAAUCACCCACACUGCAUUUAUCCCCACCGGCGGCGGAGUUCAGUGACAUUUGAAGAUGAAGUGGAACAAAUUAAAGAUGCUGCAAAGAAUUCCAUUCUCCAUGUAAAAGCUGAAGUCCAUAAAUCUAUAGACAGCUACGCAUCCAGCUUGGCCAAAGCCAUUGAAGCAGAUGUGAGGAUUGCCUUGUUUGGAGGAGAUGCUUUAUCUGGCUCUUUGUUUCCAGCACGAACUCUGGUGGGGAGCAGCACAUGUGCACGACGUGGAGGCAGAGCCCACGUUGGCCAAAGGCUGCAGUUACAAAGCAUUGAAGAAGGGAAUGCUUAAAAUUACCUAAACCGGGAAGCUACAGACAAAACCACUAAGGACAAUGCAAGGCUACUUUCACUUUUUUUUUUUAAAUGAUGGCUUUGAAAAGCCAUCAAAGACAUUUUAGUCAAAGACAUUUGAAAAUACCUGAAUACUUGUCUUAAACAGUGUUAGUAUAUGUUAAAAAAAACCCACACACUAUAUCCCACCCUGUAUGCCUAAGGCCACCAUGUGGCUAAAUGGCUGAUAAGCAGUGGAACUUGUUUAAGGUUGGGGGGAUAAGAAACAAGAGAAAAGACCACUCACAAAUUCAUUAAUAAACUGAACAUUGUUUUCCAAAUGACACAGGAGCUCUUCAAAUCCCUCUACCAGCUUGUUUCUCUAGCCAUUGAGAUCAUCCAUUUUCAAGACUAUUCUUUCUCCAUCCCCCAUUGCUCAGGAAGACUCUUACAGAUUGCUCCAGACUUAAACAGGAGGACAGUGGCACCUUAAACAAUAACAACAUUUAUUUCAGCAUAGAAGAAAUGAUACAUAUUUGAGGGAUUGAGCCCUGACUCUCAAAAGCUUAUGCUGCAAUAAAUUCUGUUAGUCUUUUAAGGUGUUACUGGACUUCUGUUUAAUUUUGCUACAACAGACUAAAAUAGCUGCUGCUCUAGAAUUUUCUCCAAAUAUACUUGGAGGAAAAUACAAUGAAACAAGUCAGUUGUUUUAAUAAACCCAGUAUGAUCCAUCAAGGGUUAGGGUAUCAUAUUAAAAAGGGAGUAAUUUAUGUAAGCAUUACUUACCUGAUUGGACAAAAGAAUAAAACAAUUUCCAGCUCAGAGAGAUGUGCACAAGUUUAAGUCUUGCUUUGAUGACUUCUGAAGAGCACCAUACACUUGGUUUUAGAAAAUACACAUCAUUUGAAUGCGUUUUUACACACAGUUGUUUUAAUCAAGUAUUGUAUUUUAAGAUAAGCUGUGUUUGGAGGUUUUCCUGCAGUAAAACCAAGUAGUAGAGUAAGCUAGAUGUUUGAAACAUUGAACCGAAAUUCCUGAAGAUGCAGCAUCUGAGCGUCCAUGAUGCCAUUUACUACUGAACUCUAAGGUCUUUCAGAUGCUGCCAUAUUUAUGUACACAACCAAUUAUUCUGGAUAUGGCAGUUUAUAGGAACCUGUCUGAAAGUUUCUGCCCCUGCAGUUCAAAGGAAUUGCUUCUUUGAGAGUUCACAGAAAGGCGAAAGCUUUUUGCUAUGGCAGAGUUUAGCUAUCCAUGGACUAUGAUGAAAAAAGGAUGUAAUUUAUUCUCACAAUGCUGUGUUAGCACAAGCAUAAUGACAAGAAAUUGGGUGUACAUCAGUUAGGUGGUUUGACUGCUAAAGCCAAAAUUUGCAGUGCCAUCCUAAGCAGCAAUACACACUUCUAUAUCCAAUUGACUCUAGCAGUGUGUGACUGCUUAGGACUGGAUCCUCAAAUUCCCUUCCUUUAUUCCUUCAGCAUAAAUGGAAAUAAUGCAUAUAUGUAUCUGUUUAUAUCAUAUGUGAUGGCUCUUGAGGAUUACUGCAAUAAUUGCACCUGGACAGCCUGUGCUCUGCUUGUCUGUGCUGCCUGUGCCACCUACAAUUAUGCAGCAAUGGUUAUCCUUAUUCUACUAGCCACAAAGGGCUACCAGCUUUCUAAAGUCUAAAAAUGACAGAAAAGCUGUACAUGCAGGUUCUGUAAGGCACAGUGGAGCCUCUAUGUGCAGCCCCUUUCUGCUGGCAUUAAAGGGUUAUCUUCUGUCAUGCUUUGGGAUGGGUUCUGAAUCAGAAAAGGAAAAGCAACAGACUUAUGUGCUGUCAUGUGUUAAACAAAGCUGCCCACCUUACCUGUAAAUUUUAAAAGCCAGUAGUUGUUUAAAUGCUUGGCAAGAGAAAGAAGACCUAGCUACAUGAUACUUUGGGAGUCCAGUGGAUGGAGCUUCCAGCACUUUUUAAAACUUGCACACAAGGUCCCCAGGGACCCAGUUUGGACUGGGACCACAGCCCAAGGAAAUAGUUAUGAUGGUAGGAGUCAAAACUUUGCACUGACCAUUUUGCUGAACUGUCUGUUCAAAUUAUGUUUACAACAAUGUGACUCUGCUAACAAUAGCCUUGAAACAUAAAAGUUUUGGUAAAUGGGUCGAAUCCCUUCUACUAAGUCUUCCUCCAACAGAGAAUGUCUUUCUUCAUCAGUGAAGGUCUUAGUAGAAAGGAGUCACUGGAUCCAACUCAAUGUGUUUAAACAUUUCUGUGAAUGCCCUUUCUACAGAAAGAAAACUCUUUUUGUACUUGCUUUUCCUCUUCACAGUUAUAAAUACCAAUUUAUUCCAAAUACCAAUGAAUACUACUCAGAGUAGCAUUUUCAUCCUCAGGAUGCUAUCAGUUCUCACAGGUCAUUGUGGCACUUAAAGCUUCUAACCCACAUCAAUUGAAACCAAACAUUUUCCCAAAAGAUUGUUGGGGCUGUCUUCUGUAUCUUUUUUUAAUAAAAACCUUCAAAUAAUGGGAAUUAUUAUUCUGUCCAUACUUUUAUAGAGAGAAACAGAUGAGGGAAAUAGCAGAGUCAGUGUUUUGCCAUUAUAUCACAAAAUAUUUUGGGAAUAUUCAUGGUACUCCAUUAUUGGUCACAAGAGAACGUCUGUAUGUUGCAUAUUAAUUUUGUAUUUCUUCCCCAUGGUAGAAUGCUAUGUGAUUUUCUAUAUUCAUACCCAGAA